CCACUCCGCGUGCGUAACGUACCGUCCCCUAAUGUUGCAAUUGAUUGCUGUGAAAACCAGCGGUCUCCGUCGCUAUUUCUGCGCAUCUGUAGACUCCAUAGCAGGGGCGCACGCCCGUUUUCUACCCCCCUCCCGACCCCCAGGGGUACCCUGAGAUGCUACCGCGACCAUGACGGGACACAGGACGAAAGGAGGACGGUUACUAGCAGUCUUACGCGGCCGAGAAGGAGUUUAAAACGGUCCCCACUGGCGGAACAAGCUCGAUGAAGGCAGGGCAAAGCACGGGGAUGAGGCGCGCCAGUUUGCCCGUCGCCCCCGGGGUGGCGUCCUUGGGGGGUGGGGGAGAAGUCUGUCCCGAGCCUGAUCUAUCCCACCUUACCGAUGAAGAGAGGAAGAUUAUCGAAGAGGUUAUGGCGAGAGCGAAAGCUGAAGAAGAAAAGGAACAAGCCAUGAUCAGGCCCGACCAAGAACAAGAGAAUGCUGGGCGCCUCAAGGACGAGUUCGCCAACUACGAGCAAGCCGUGAAGGAACUGGGGGAGGAGAAGAAGCAAUCGUACGGGAACGUGGACUCGGGCGCGGUCUGCGAGAUCUGUCACAAGACGAAGUUUGCGGACGGGGUGGGGCACACCUGCGUGUACUGUGAGCUGAAGGUGUGCGCCAGGUGUGGGGGGAAGGUCACGUUACGUUCUAAUAAGACCAUGUGGAUAUGCAACCUUUGCCGCAAGCAGCAAGAGAUCAAGAUGAAGUCUGGAGCUUGGAUCACUGGAAGACCGGGCUCCUUAGAUUUAGAAGACAUGGGUACGAAUUCCGCUGCAAACAAAGAGAACGAAAAGGGCACCCGCUCCGACACGGAGGGGCGUCCUCAGGAGAAGCGAGCCAGAUUUCAAGACGAUGCCAAGACGGGCAAUUUGCCCGGUCAGGAUAAGGGCAAGGAUCCCGAGAAGGAAAAAGAUGCAAGUAGUGAAAAACUAACUCCCACCAGUAAACAACGGGCUUUACAUAGGCAGUUUUCCACCAGGGGAGGGGAAGAGUCGGGGACACGACGCUACCAGACAAGGGAGGAUUCUGGGGUGGGAUCUCUCAGUAUCGAUCAAAAUAAAUCUGGGAGCACGAAUUUGGACUCCCGUGCCAGUCCACACACUGAUAAACCGCCCCAGAGGGGCUCCCAGAGAGCUGAUGUGAACACGUUAGAACGACAAAAUCGCGGUGACAAUGCGCGGAAAAAGGACGUUCAACAGACACAACAGAAGCAGGUCAUUACGGAGAACAAGAUGAUAAGAGAACAGGAGCCCCAAACUCGCAACGAUCACGCUGUACGCGCAGAACGCGAUCCGCGUAAACGGAGAGAUGGGUCGCCCAAAUCCCUUCCACCGGAGGAAAGACUACCUACUAGGCAAGCCGAAGGGAGAGAGGGAAUGAGAGAAACGAGAGAAGGACGAGAGCGGCGACCUGCUAUUCGACAGCAUUCUGCUGAGCUGCUAGAGCCGCCACGGAAUUCUUCCCGGGAACGACGGCCCAGUGUCGGGGAUCUUCCGCGGGAAAGGGAACGCCGCCCCAGCAUGGUGGAUGUACGCAUGACCGGGGAACCGCAACAUUAUCGUGAAGGUAGGAGUGCUUCACGGCAGAGUAGGCUGAGUCCAAAUGAAAGUGGGCUUCCCCGUUCACCCUCAGCGGGUCCGUAUGGGUCUAAACAAUACAUAGAAGAGCAAGAUUAUCGCAGAGGAAAUUUAUAUCCGGCUAAAUAUAGGCAGUACGCUUCGCAACCUCAUUUAGAAACGAUGGAUUACGGUACUCAGGGUGGGCGUAGGGCACCAAGGGGUCACGGCGCUAACCAUGUUUCCAUGGUAACAGGGAGGCCUGCUUCGCCGCGGUAUGCAAACGGCCGGGACGUCUACGAAAGCAAUAAACUUCAGGACCUUCACGGGCGGCGCGGGGGGCACCUGGAAGCACCCGGCUCGGCGUACAAACAGAAACGCGACGAGACGAUGCUGAGGAACGAUUCCCUCAGUUCGGACCAGUCGGAGCACGUGAGCAGGCCCCCGCCUCCCAAACCGCACAAACAUCGGAAGAGCAAACGCGAUCGGGCUCGUCAGCAGUCACUGUCCAGUUCCGAGGAGGAAAUCCGAUCUACGCCGGAGUGUACAAGUUGUGACGACGUUGAACUGGAAAGUGAAAGUGUGAGCGAGAAAGCGCUCAAAUGCAGGAAAAAGCGGCAGCAACAGAAAAGGUUGGAAUUGGAAAAUGGAGAGCAUGAUGGGUAUGACCCGCGGGGGAAACAUAGCGAACUCUCCGCAGUCGAAAUGUCAGAGCGCCAAAAGAAAAUUAUGCGAUUCCGCCAAGGCACUAACGGUGGGAGCGGCGAAUCCCGCUCAACGGAGGGUUCGACCGCAUCUGAAUUUCAAGUAAAGGAUUCUGGGAUAGAUACAGCCUCUAGUACGAAUGUAGACGACACUGAUCAGACAAUAUCGCAAAAGCAUCCAGUGUCAUGGACCCCGUCCAUAGAAACCAACCGACUCAUCGGUCACAUGAUCCUCAACAAGCGCCAGAGGAACGGAACCAACCAGAAGGACUCGGGCUCCAUCUUGGGUUUGAAGGUCGUGGGAGGAAAGAUGACGGAGUUUGGGAAACUUGGGGCUUUCAUUACCAAGGUCAAGAAGGGCAGUAUAGCAGACACUGUAGGACAUUUACGAGCAGGUGACGAAGUCUUAAGUUGGAAUGGCAGUUCGUUACAGGGUGCCACUUUCGAGGAAGUGUACUUCAUCAUUUCUGAAAGCAAACCUGAGCCACAAGUCGAGCUAGUAGUAUCCAGGCCCAUGCCCAUGGGGGAACUGGGUCCAGGAAUUCCAGAAAAAACAGGGAAAUUUGAAUCAAGUUCUAGCGAAUCUCAAAAAUUACCAGAUGAUGACACAAAGAAGAAGAGACCUUCAGUGAUGAUCACUUCCCCUGGCAGUCCUGGUUCAAGACAUCAUCCUAAACUUCAGUUGAAACUUUCGUAUGACCAAAGAGGGCUACAACUUUCUGUCACCGUACUCACAGCAGUAGAUCUUCCAUAUAAGGAGAACGGGAGGGCAAGGAACCCGUAUUUCAAGCUGCAUCUGUUGCCCGAUAGAAGUGAGAGAAGUAAAAGAAGAUCAAAAAUCAUGCAAAAGACAAACGAGCCAACAUGGAACCAGACCUUCCACUACUUGGAUGUGAAGAGUUCAGAGUUCACAGGUCGCGCCCUUGAGGUCACCAUCUGGGACUACAGCAAGGCUGGCGACCACGAGUUCCUGGGCAUGGUGUUGUUGGAUCUGGAAACAGCGCCAUUGGACGAUGAACAACACUGGUACGUGCUUGACCAGCGUAAGAAUGCCCUGCCCCCGCCCAGCCCCACACGGAGGAAGAACACCACCCCCGGGCGCCACGCAAGCGUCCUCGACUUCUUGGAUGAAGAAGCCAGACAAGAGUACCUCCACCCCCCACCUCCAAACAAAACACCAAGUGACAGUGAUAUUUCCGACUUUGACUUUGAUGUCCUGUGCUUUCCACCAGCUGAACUGGCCAAUGCCGGAAUGCGGAGGGAUGACGUCAGCAUGACCAAUUCAGGCUACGGCACCAUCAUGGACUACGGUCGUAACCCUCACCACCACGCCCGGCGCCGGUCUCACGACAUGGACAUGUACGGUCCUCCAGGAAACAACAGAAGAGGGCCAUCUGGCUCCUACAGAAAUAGUGUGAGUAAUUUACCAGACGAGUAUCCCCGCCCCCACCGCGGCAGCAAGCAGCUGGACGAUAACCUGCCCGUGCCGGACCAGAUGCCUCGCAGAUCCCGCUCAGCCUCUCCUGUCAGUCACACAGAUUACUUGUAUCAACAAGAGCGCCAAGCAGACAUGGCUCGCCAGCGUUCGCCAUCCCGUGGCUCGGCACGAUCACGCUCUCCGGCGCAAGACUGGAGGAGCGACGGUCGUGGGAUGUCACCGGAUCGGAUGAUGGGCGGGACGAUGGACCACCCCAGGAGGUCACGAUCACCUGGGCGACAGUCGCCCUACGCCACUGGGCCUCGACGUGGGUCAAAGUCCAUGUCCCAGCCCACCUCCCCGACCCAUGGGAUGCGGGAUCUCUCACCAGGGUCAACACCCAACACGCCUCGCAAGCGUCAGCUCCCGCAGAUCCCCAUGCAGUCGAGAGGUCCUCCAGGACCCAUGGACGAGCGGACUCGACAGGUGAAACUGAGGAUGGACGAGUACAAACGCACCACUAAUGCCGGCAUGGAAAGUCCUGCCGUGACACGAGUACGUCGGCAGAGCCCUGAUGCUGCUUCAGUGGACAGUGACAUAAGCGACGUGUCGGAGAUGUCACGCGCCAGCACCGUCUCCAGAAUCAGCACCACCAGCGCCCCGUCGGUACAGUCUGAGCAAUACUUGCCUCGUAACGAGAGACACGGAAGACACAGAAGGCAUGACUACAGAAGUCAAAGUGUGGAAAACACACCCAUGCACAGGUCGGAAAGGGAAAGAUUGCAUCCUCCUAGGUUGAAAGACAUUGAAGGGCAACACAGUGUGGAUUUCUCCGACACAGUCAGUAACCUGGCCCCAGGCAUGCGGCACCCCCCACCCCCGGGCGGCUCACGGUUCCCGACCCGCUCUACCAGCAGUGCGGAGAUGUACAUGUACGACCGCAACGACGGCAGCGUGUCCGACACGGCCGUCUCUUCCAUGGACAACCGGCGGCGGAUGCGGAAGACAUCGACCAGCAGCAAGAUGAUGGCCUUCAUGGGACUGUCGAGAAAGAAGAGCUCCAGCACCUCCCAGCUGUCUGCUACGGAUGCUGGGAAGUCUCCUCGCAGCGGCUUGUUUAGUCCAGCGUCCAUGCAGAACAUCGGACGCCAGGCGAGCACUGAGUCUACCGGCAGCCUCAGCUCUGACUCCUCCAGCAUGACAGCCGUGUGGUUCCCAUCUAGCUUGAGGCUGGACGGGCCCAUCAACGACUUUCUGGACGGGCUGGGGCCGGCCCAGCUGGUGGGGAGACAGGUGCUGGGCGCCCCCUGUCUGGGGGACAUCCAGGUGGGGCUGAUGGACCGGCGCGGACAGCUGGAGGUGGAGAUCAUCCGGGCGCGGGGUUUGAUUCCCAAACCUGAGGCCAACGUACUGCCUGCUCCAUAUGUGAAAGUGUACCUGAUGGAAGGGAAGCGGUGCAUGGCCAAACUAAAGACCAAGACAGCCCGCCGCACGCUCGACCCACUAUACCAGGAACAGCUGGUCUUCCAAGAGCCUUUUAGGGGCAAAAUUCUACAGAUCACAGUGUGGGGGGACUACAACCGUAUGCACGAGCGCAAAGUCUUCAUGGGUGUCGCUCAGAUCGUAUUGGACGACCUCGACCUCUCCACCAUGGUGAUUGGCUGGUACAAACUUUUUCCUACAUCCUCAUUGGUCCAGCCAGCGACAUUCGGACCACCACUACGACGUGCAUCAAUGACAUCACUAGAUACAGCGUACUGAGGGCACCCUGCCCUCCCCUUCCCCGUAGUGGUAGCAUCCUUACCUAGAGUGGUUCAACAUAGCACAGUGUUAGCGGACAGGACGAUAGUAUAGAUACAUAUGGGUAGAAGAACGGAACAAAAAGAAGCAUUUUUACAAUCGUCUUAUGAAAGAGAUGCAUGUAAAAUAGUCGACUUCCACUGUCAUUUUCUAAAUGGUACUCAAUUUGUUUGAAUAUAGAAGUUGAUGAAGAAAGAAGAACUAGAACAUGGUCAGACAUUGAAAAAAACGCAGUAAUACCUGUCAAACUAUUAACAACAGGUCUGAUUUUCUUGUUCAUAUUCUUUCUCUGUAGAAAAGCUAAAGAAAAUUAGAUAUGAUAGAAUGUAGGAAGACAAGAAAGCCCAUAACAAUUAGCACCAUGAAUAGUUUUAAGUAAACUGAAUAUUUAUUUACUUUUAAGAGAGAUUUAAUGGAAGCAAUGAGAUCGCAAGUUUAUUUAUUUAUAUCCUGCUUUCAUAUUUCUUGAGACAUUGAACUUAAGUUUGAGGACGAAACUUCAGAAAAUGAUGUGAUCAGUGGAAACUAUAUAGUAAAAAAAUUCAGAAAAAAAUUGAGCUGACAAUCUUAGGAACAUGCUGACCAUGUUUGACUACAUUAUGAUAUAGGGAGAGGAACACCAAUGCUGCCAGCUGCCUAUCAUGUUAGGCCUAAGAAAAUUAAUGUUAUGUUUCCGAUCACACGGUCCUGACAAAAAUUAAACUUAGUAGGUUUUUUUUUUUUUUUAAACUGAUUCAACAAAUGUAGUCAUAGCAUUGUAAAAAUAAUUUUCAAUAUUUUGUUUUAUCUCAAACAAAAAAGUACAAAGUUUACCACACAUUUUUACAUCUUAUGUUCAAAAUGCAAGUCUGUUAACACAGUGUGAAAGACGAGAAAUCCAUUUUGAUAUCCCCUGCCAAAAAUGGCUACAGGCUUUUGCCAGGGUCAAUCGGUUAACAGGAAACAUAACAUUUUCUUUCCUAGGCCCUAAAUGAUGUACUAAAUAUUUAAUCUAAUUUGUCUGUGACAUUUAGGAAAGCAGUACUUUGUUGCAAAACUGUGUGUGUGUGUGGCCUAACAUGAGACAUGUGAGAUGCACAACUUCCUCACUGAGGCUUUUUUUGGCUUCAGGAGAAAGCCUUGUAGUAUAUCAUUCCAGUUUUGAGGCAAGCGAAGAUGCCAAGUUUCUCUCUAUAAAAGGUGACAAUAUAAAAUUGCCAACUUUGCUCUUUUUACAGUCAGAAUCACACAAUCUACAGGUUUUCUGGAUUUGAUAUCUUCCAAUUCAUUUUUUAGUUGUAAGUUUUCUGCACUGCUACUAUUAGUUUAUUUGAGUUAAGCCUCAACAUUUAUACAAAAUCAUAUCAAACACAUAACUGAAGUGAAAGAAAAACUUGUGAUUGGAGAAUCAAAUUAAAGUUGAAACAAAAUCUUACAUUUUCAAUACUUUUGAGCUAUCUUGGUGUUGUGUAUUUCAUCAUUGAGCAAUGUAUGUCUCAUGUUGAGUCACAUACCUUUAUGUAUUCUAAUAUAGUUUGAGACCCUUUAUUUUGAAAGUAAUUGCAAUAAUAUGUUGAGCUGAUAGGGGGCAUUUUAGCCUCUUUGCAGAGGCAUUAUUGCCUUUGACAAGACUGACAUUUUGUUAUGUAUUUUCCUUCAGACAGAACUUUUAACAGAAAAUAUUUUACUUAUAUAUACAUUUAUAUCCUACUUUCUUUUACUUUAAUGUUUCAAAUAUCUUAGCUAUUUUAUACUUUGACAUGAUAAUAGAUUUGAACAUAUUUUUGGUAAGUUUUUUUGUUGCCUUUGUUGUUAACAUUGUUGAUGGCAGUGUUAUAGAACACAGUUGCAGUUGGAAUCAGAAAAGUUAGGAUCAUCCAGUGCAGUAUGAAAUGAUGAUGAUGUUUUCUCCGUUUUCAGUGUUAAUUUGAAACACCAAGAGUGCAUAUAUGUACCAUGGAACGUAAUAUAUAACCCUUAUUUAUUUAUCAGAAGGGACCUAGUGCAAAGGCAAUGCCUGUCGUUCUAAAUAUGAUGUACAUAACUUUGAAAUUUUUACAUGGGAGGGGCCGUAAGGUUGUCCCACCAAUGUAGUAGUAUUAAACAGUAUAUCCAGCAGUGCAAUGAUAGGUAAGGACUAUAUGAUAAGUACUUUUUAUUGAUUGACCAAUAUGCCCACGGGCCCAACUCAUAUAUCAAAUAUAUGUGUAUUCAUUGAGCUACAAACAGGCUAAUUUGUAUACGCAGGGUGGAUAUAGGGAAGUGUGUAAAGAUGAUGCAAAAAUCUGUUUCGUUGAAAAGCAGUAAGACUUUGAUUGUAUGUUAUCCUUCCUUAUAAAAAAAGCUGACCUCCCCGUUGCAUGCAGUGUAAUCUUCCAAUAUACAUUUGUAAUGUAUAAAUUCAAAUCGUGGGGAGACAGCGAGGGUCAAGUCCAUUCUGAAGCAGAGGGGUGUGAGCGUAGACAUUAUAGACCUCAUGGUAGCAUCUCCACCCCUCUCUGUAUAUGCUUAUGGUAGAUUCCUCCUCAUCUGGAUAGUGUGUUUGAGAUCAUCCUACUCCACAAGAAGGGGGUGUUUUUCUCCUGCUCUGUAUUGUAUACCCUAGCAAUAAGUCAACAUUUUGGUUCGUUCUUCUGUGGAUUCAAUGAAGGUUUUUAAACUCAUUUUCUCUGUAUAUAGAAGACGGACAUGCAAGGUUUACUGUUAACCUUGCCAAUGGAAAUGAUCAUGUGACCAAUCACAUGAACAUCAUGUGACCAUCACAAGGGUAAACCCGAUACUAUGAGAACUGAUUUCUAUAUAGCGUAUAAGUCUUGAGUUCUAAGCUAAGCAACUGUAGUCAGACAAUGUUUUCGAAAGAUUUCAAUGACCAGUCAAUAGCCGGGGUAGGGUUAAAAAUUGUGGGGGACGAAGAUUUUGCCGCAACAUACAUAUGACAGUAAUAUAUCUAUAAAUAUAUACACGUGUGUAAAUGAUGAUAAUAGGUUUUCACUUCUUGAGAAGCAAAGUUUCUCAGAUGUACUGCGGAAGGAGUUAGGGAAAAUUCUAUGCAGCGUAACGAGACAGACCCGCCAGUGCUAUACUUACAGAUAUACCCCUCUAGUUUAUGUAAGGAUGACCCUUAUACCGAGACUUGUGUUAUAUAUGAACUCAUGACAAUGUAAUGUUUAAACCUUCCUUUAUCACUGCUAUAAUCUGUUCCUGCUGCCCUGUACAGUGGGGUGCUGAAGAAUCUUGUAAGAGCGACUUGUCCAUGCAAUAUGCACUGCUUAUCCUCCACUGUUCUUAUAGGGUAACGUCUUCAAUGUUCUGUUAACAGCUUCUGAAGCAACACUACAAUUUGAACGUCUCGGUUAGACAGCAUCUUGAGAAAUAAGGAUUGUGUACGUUUCCUUUAAGAUUUAUGUGUCAAUAGUGACACUGCUAGAAACAUUUAAGCAUUUCCUUGGCGCUCUUACGUUUACUGUUAACACCCCCGUUGUGCUUUUCUUGCUUCUCUCUUGAGUGCAAUAUAUGAUAGUGUUUGUGGAAUAAAGUUUCAUAUUAUAGUUGAUAGAUGUAUACACUUGCCAAGUGGGGGUGUCAGCAGGUAAUGUAAGAGCAGCGCUAUGUGUUACAAGGAGUAUGCCCUUCCCACAAAUGUAUACACCCCCUGAAAAUUCUGCACCAGUACUGCAUGAGACAAGUGUGUUGUACCUUGUACCUGAAUUAAUAAAAAAUUCUAAGUCUACAA